AUGGCUCGAUUUUGGGGCCUUCGUGGGCGGCGGCUUGGGACUGCGGUCUGGACGCUGGCCAUGUUUGCGCUCAUGAGCUUCGGCUACAAUCAGGCCGUGGCUGGCGGUGUGCUGGGCAACGACUCGUUCAAUAGGCAGUUCCCGCAGAUGGAUACGCUGCAUACCACAGGCGGCAAACAGGAGCACAACUCCACCAUCCAGGGCACCGUUGUGGCCCUCUACACCCUGACGGGGACUUUUGGCGCCUUGGCCUGCACCGUCUUCGGCGAUGUCAUCGGGCGUCGACGAACGAUCUUCCUGGCGAGUGGCGUCCAGAUCGUGGGGGAGAUCCUGAUGGGCACGUCGUUUUCGUUUGCGCAGUUCAUCGUGUCGCGGAUCGUCGUCGGACUCGGCACCGGGGGCAUCCUCGCCACCGUCUCGGUGUGGCAGGCUGAACUGGCAAAAGCAGAGAGCCGCGGGGAACAUGUGUCGGCGUUUGGCAUCUUUGGCGGCCUCGGCCUCGCGCUCGCAUGCUGGGUCGAUUUCGGCGCGUCCUACGCGCGAUCGUCGUCUUUCGCGUGGCGGUUCCCCUUUAUGGCCUCGAUCGUCCUGUCGGCCGUGGUCAUGGUGUUCAUCUUCACCCUGCCAGAGUCGCCGCGAUGGCUGAUCAAGGUCGGCCGGAUCGACGAAGCCCGCGAGGUCAUGCAUCUCCGCUACGACACCGACGACCACAACGAGGUGGUUGAAGCCGAGAUCCAGGGCAUUCUGGCCUCGUUCGAGCGCGCCAAGUCGGUUUCCCUCACGGCCAUGUUCACCAUGGGGCCCGAGCGAAUCUUUCACCGCCUGGUGCUCGCGGCGCUCACGCAGAUGAUGCUCCAAAUGUCCGGGGUCAACAUCGUCUCGUACUACGCCGCGCUGAUCUACGAGGUGAACCUCGGCUUCAGCGCGACCGUCGCCCAGAUCCUGGCCGCCUCGAGCAUGUUCGUCAUCGUCCUCGGCAGCAUCGUCUGCUCCUACACGGUGGACCGGUUCGGGCGCCGCGCGCUCAUGCUGACCAGUGCCUGCGGCAUGACCGUGUGCAUGUCGUGCCUGGCCGGGCUGACGUCGCGGACCGAGAAGGCCGCCAUCAACGCGGCCGUCUUCUUCCUCUUCUUCUACUACUUCACCUACACGAUCGGGUUCCUGGGCAUCCCCUUCCUGUACGCCAGCGAGAUCGCCCCCGUGCACCUGAGGGCGGCCAUCUGCGGCGUCUCGACCGCCGUGUCGUGGCUCUUCAAUUUCCUCGUCGUCGAGGUCACCCCGAUCGGCUUCACCCAUGUCCACUGGCGCUACUUCAUCCCCUACGCGGUCCUCAACCUCUCGUGGGUCCCCAUCGUCUACUACCUCCUCCCCGAGACGAACGGGCGCUCUCUGGAAGAAAUCGACGAGAUUUUCACCCGCUCCAACAACAUCUUCGACUGUGUCAAGGUCGCGAAGCAGUUGUCCAAGAGGGGUCCGCGGGGCUUUGUCGACGAGGAGACGGUGAUUCACGUCGAUCAGAAGUCUCCUUCGGGGGUGGCGAAGCGGGAUGUCGAAGAGGCAGAGGCAGAGGUGGAGAAGUCGGAGUAG